AUGGCGGACAGAAAGAAGGCUGAAAAUUGGACCGAGGAAGCGAUUUGUUCGAUUUGUCUGGAUUUCUUCACCGAUCCGGUCUCACUGGAUUGUGGACACAACUUCUGCCGCUCCUGUAUCACCCAGAGUUGGAAAAUCAAGGAGAUAAACUCCUGCCCGGAAUGUCGACAGGAGUUUCCGGAAAGAAACCUCCGAGCCAGCUGGGCCUUAGCAAGUCUAGCCGAGAAAGCUAGAAAUCUGAAACUGGAGUCGAAGCAGAAGGACAAGAAAUUUCAUUGCGGGAAACACCGGGAAGAACUGAAGCUGUUCUGUGAAACUGACAAGAAAUUGAUCUGCUUCAUUUGUAGAGAUUCGCGGGAACACAAAUCUCAUCAGUUCCUACCGAUAGACGAGGCUGCGGAGAUGUACAAGGACCAACUGAAACCACAUUUAGAAUCGGCGACAAGUAGAAAAAUUGCAGUUCAGGACACCGAACGGCGGCAGAAGCGGCUCUUGUCUGAAUUUAAGAAACAGGCGAGCAGUCUGCAGACCCACAUCACAUCCGAGUUCGCUAAAAUGCACCAGAUUCUCACUGAGAAAGAGCGGCGUUUACUCAGAGAUCUGAGAGAAGAAGAGGAGAGGAUUAUACAAACAAUGGAAAAAAAACUCAGUGGGAUCCAACAGGAGUUAGGUAGCGUUGAACGAGAACUAUCAAAGUUGCAGAGUCAGAUGAAGGAACAUGACCCACUCAAGUUCCUGAAGACGUGUGAUUCUCUCUUAUUUCAAGAGGAGAUUUCAAGGGACAAAGGGAUUAAUGCUCAGGAUGAUGCAAAGUCAGUGAUACCAGCCUCGGUGUCACUGGGAAGAUUCAAAGGCCCGCUACAGUAUACUGUGUGGAAAGAAAUGAUAGGGAGUAUUCACCCAGUUCCAGCAUCUCUGACUCUGGAUCCAAAAACAGCACAUCCCCAACUCAUUCUGUCUGAGGACUGGACCAGUGUGAGGCUCGGAAAUAAACAGCAGCCGCUCUGUAACACCCCACAGAGGUUUGAUUCUUGGGCCUUUGUCCUGGGAUUGGAGGGAUUCACAUCAGGGAAACAUUACUGGGAGGUGCAGGUGGGCAACAAGACUGAAUGGGGUCUGGGAGUGGCUCGAGAGUCUGCUCAGAGGAAAGGGGAAAUCGACCCAAAACCUGAGACUGGAUACUGGACAAUGGGGCUAGGAAAUGAAAAUGACUAUUUUGCAGGUACCUCUCCCACAUGGACCACCCUUAUGCCUAAUGGGAAACCCCAGAAGAUUGGGGUUUACCUGGACUAUGAGGGUGGACAGGUGUCAUUUUACAAUGCAGACAAUAUGUCCCAUCUCCACACAUUCACCCAUACUUUCACCGAGAGAAUCUUUCCUAUUUUUGAUCCAGGAUGGAAUUUUAGCAAAAAAAAUUCAGGAGCUUUAAAAAUUAUCCGGAUUGCAGAUCACUGCUAGUUAGUUUCUAUUAUUUUGCCUCUGGUGACAGAAGGGAAUUAUAGCUGUUUUGCUAAACCAUUGCACUCUCUGUGGUUAGGUACACCCACAAUGCUGCUUGUGAGGGUGUUCCAGGAUUUUGACCCAGUGCAGAGUCUUCAAGGUGUGACCUCACCAGUGGCCUGCAUAGUUAUCAUAAGAGAUUGGUAUACUAAUAUUCUAAUCCCUUUGUAACAAAAGCUAAUGCCAGAUUAGGGAGUAAGUACCGAGGAGAACAUAAAGAGGUUGGACGAAUGAGUAAUAUGGCAAUGGCAUACAAGGUAACAAAGCAUAUAGCUCAUCAUUGCCACACAAAAUGGAUACCUAUGAAAUGAUUGCAUUUAGAGGAACUUGAGUGCCUGUAUGAAUCACAGAAAGUUAACCAAAAAUUAGGAAAACAAAUAUGUUUUUUUUUAUACAUUCUGCAGCUCACCACCUUCUUCAAGCCGGAUUAGGGAUGGGCAAUAAAAUGCUGACUAGCAGCAAUGCACAUGAAUGAAUGCCUAAGUUACAUAGAUGGGAAAUCUCACACCAAGGGGCCUUUAUGUCAAAACAUUAACAUUUUUAAUGCAUUUUGAUAAUAAAUAUAAAUUUUAAAACUAAUACAGAUAAAAAUUUGUCUAGCACAUUUGCCAGUUCUAGGAGAGUCCCAAAUUUCCAUUACACUAUCCUUUUUAAACACUUUCAACAAUAUGGUGUAAAAUUAGACCCCAUAUUCAACAGAUAUGGUUUCUAUCUAUCCUUUUUGUAGUCCUUCUUAUUUUGUAGGUGGUCUUCUGGUGGACCUCUGACCAGAAGUUUCAGGUUCAAUUGCAAUUAUUAAAAACCAUGGACACUCUCCUCAAGAUGUAGCAGUUUCCAGGGUGGGGUCUAACCAUGCUUUUGUAUAAUAGCUGUAUCAAGACUUGCCUCUUACAUUCCCUCAAAAUCCAAAAAUAAAAACCAAUAACCUAUUAGCCUUUCUGGCUAUUUUCCAGAUGGCCUCAUGGCAUUUAAAUGAUCUGUGCAUCUUGACCUCUAAUCGUCUUUGAACCUCCACUGUUUCUAGCUGCUCCCCAUUUACCAAGUACCCUGUUCUACCCCUUUCAGUUUCAAAAUAGAUGACCUCACAUUUAUGCACACUGAAAUCUACUUGUCAGCUUUGCCAUUCACUUGAUCUAUCAAAAUUUCUUUGUAAUUUGAUAUUUCUGUCGAAACUGUUUACAAUGCCAGCUAUCUUAGAUUUGCAACCACCAAAUUUGGAAAUAUGGCUUUCCAUUGCAACUAUGUCAUUAAUAAACUGGGCUAUUAAUUGAGGCCUCAACUCAUAACCUAGGACAGUACUAGUUACAUUCUGCCAAUUAGAAACACCAGAUCAUUGUCCUUAAUCUCAGUCCCCUGCUGUUAAACCAGUUUCCUAACCAGGUCAGUAAUUGGCAUGCUUUAACUUUUGCUAAUUAUCUAUCUUUGACUUUAUCAAAUAACUCAUCUUCUGGAAGCCCAUAAAACGUUCAGAAACAUUCUCUUGCCCUUCAGUUUACUCACCUCUUCAAAUACCGGAAUGCAAAAUGACCUACCACAUCAAAUCCAUGCUCAACCUCGGUGUGCAGCUGAAAUCUUUUGAGGUGUUCAGUUUCCAUACCCCUAACUCUAGUAGAGAAUAUAUCCAGUUACUGCCAUCAAUCAGCUCAUUGAAAGGGACUAUAUAAUGAAGGGCUGAUAAGCAUCUUUCUUAUUCAUUAAUGUCAGGGUCAACACAAACAAUUAGUGAGUUGAAGUUACCUUGUUAAUUGGACAUUUAUCUUGAAGACGUUAAAUUUUGUCCACAUUUUGUAAAGAUUGAAAUAUGUACAUCAGAGUAAAGUGCUCUGUGAUUCAGGGAUUGUGAUGUUUAAUCAGCUUUAAUAAUAUUGGGUAAUGCUAGUUUACAUUUACUGCACUAUUUUCUGUAUGAAUUGAUGUUUAAACUUAUGAUGGUGUUAGAUAAAGCAUCUGUAAUAUAUCAAUAAAUGAAUCAUCUUGGA